UGUGAAACUGCGUUUUUAUUAAUUUUUGGUUGAGAUUUUUUUUUAAGGCACAAUUUUUAUUUGCCAUGCAGAAGUGAAAUUUAUUGAGGCAUUGUUCUAUUAUAAUUGGAAUAAAGUUACACCGUUCCUAUUAUUUAUUGUGUCAUAUCUGUCAGACAAAUAUUUUUGUAAUUUUUAUUUCCUCACGUUUGUGUGUGUGUUUUGUGAUAAAAGUUGUUUUUGACACUAUCAUCGAAUUUACCGGCGGUUCCAAUAAAAAAUAUACUGAUAAUAAAAGAAUUAUUUUCAAGUCAUAAAAUAAAGUAAAUUUACAUGAACUGGAAUUUUAUUUUCCUUUAAAUAAUGCAUUAUGUCGUGCUUACAAAAUGAAUUGUUCACAAGACUCAGAAAGCGAAAAGUGUUUGUGUCAUUCGGUCUUACAAUGGUCAUAUUGUUCUUCCUAAUUCUGGUUAUUAAUUCGUCAAGUUCAAGUAAACUUCCACACAGUUCUGCUGAAAGUUUAAGAGUCAACAAUCAUCUCGAUUUGAAGCUCGUACACGUUAUCUUCCGACAUGGUGCUAGAACUCCAGCUGACACGUAUCCAAAUGAUAUCUAUAUCAAUGAGACUUUUGAACCUUAUGGAUGGGGUCAACUGACAAAUAGAGGAAAGCUUCAAAUGUACGAGCUAGGCAGUUUUUUAAGGCAAAGAUAUCACACUUUCUUAAGCAAAACCUUGAAUCUCAAUGAAAUUUAUGCUCAAUCAACAGGUGUUUCCAGAACCAAAAUGUCACUACAACUAGUCUUAGCAGCACUCUAUCCACCAAAAAAUACCCCAUUAGAAUGGAAUGAGAAUUUAAAUUGGCAACCAAUUCCAUACAAUUAUCAAGAACUUAAUGAUGACACCUUGUUACUAGUCAGAAAAAAUUGUCCACGUUAUCACGAGGAACUUGAUAGAGUCAUGAGUGAAGAAAGUGAAGUCAUUAAAUGUGCUGAUUAUUAUGCUCAAUUGUAUGAAGAACUCUCUAAUAUCACCGGAUUAAGCAUUACAACACCUGACGACAUUCAGUCUCUUUACAGCACUUUAAAGGCUGAGAGAGAAUUCGGUUUGCAGCUUCCAAAAUGGACUGAUCAAUACUUUCCAGAAAAACUGCAAGAUUUGACCGAUAAGAGCUACGUUUUUAAUGCAUACAACAGCAUAUUGAAGAGACUUAAAGGCGGUGUCUUUCUCAAAAAAGCAAUAAGCGAUUGGAACAAUAAGAAAAUUAACCAGAAAAUAUUUCUAUAUGCUGGUCAUGACUCAAGUGUUACGAAUAUUUUGUCUGCUUUCAACGUCUGGGCACAACAAUUUCCUGAUUAUGGAGUAACAGGUAUUUUAGAAUUCUCACAAAACAAAGUCGAUGGAACUUAUGGAGUUGAAAUCUUUUUGAAGAAUUCUAAUAAGAAUGAUCUGAUUUCUUUGACAAUUCCUGGUUGCAGUCAAUUUUGUGAAUUAAGCCGCUUAGAGGAACUACUUAAAGAAAAUAUCCCGCAAGAUUGGAACGAAGAAUGCAAGCCAUUGAAUGAAGAUUUCACAGCACCUCCACCAAACGGUCCAUAGUAUUUAUAUUUAAGAGAGAAAGUUUUGUGCAUGUCUAUGUAUGUCAAAUAAGGCAAUAAAAAAUAAAUUGAUCUGCAAGUUUUUAUUUAAAAACAUCCCA